AUGGCCCCUCCCGAUCCCGCCAGCCAAGGGCGCGGACGGCACGAUAUGCUCCUCCCUCGCUACUCGUGCGGCCUCCUCCAGAUCGACUGCGGCGGCGGCUACUGCUGCCCCGUCGGCCGCGUCUGCUUCAACUCCGACGACGGGCAGCCUACAUGCCGGCUGGCGCCAGGCAUCCCGGGUACCGACCAGCCCGCCUCACCAGCACCAGGCGGAACGACAGCGACCACGACCUCUUCCUCCACCACGACCUCCUCCUCUACCACGACCCUCUCGUCAACCACUUCAACACCCCCACCCCCCUCAUCCACAUCCCUCUCGACCUCCACAUCCACAUCACCCCCCUCCUCCUCAUCCCUCCCACUAACCGGCACGGCGAUCUCCGGCAGCGGCAUCGCCGGCAUCGUCGUCGGCGUUCUCCUCGUCGCCACGCUGCUCGGCGGGUCGAUAUGGUCUUUCCUCCGCCGACGCAAGCGCGAGCGCGUGCGCGAGAUGGCCGUGCUGCCGGGCGGCGGAGGAUCCGUGUCACGAUCGGGGUCGGACGACAUCAAGAGCUUUUUCGCUGGCGGGACGGCGCGGCGGGCGGAGAUGGAGGAGGGGCUCGGGCCCGGGCUCGGGCGGAGAGGGUCGAUGCAACAGCAGCAGCAGCAGCAGCAGCAGCAGCAGCCGCGGAUGGAGGAGUGGUGGCGGCGGCAGCGGCGGCGGCGGGGGGAGUCGAGAGACGGGGUGGUGGAGGGGAGGCAGGAUCACAGGGUGGCGUCGUGGGGGGAUUGGGAGGAUGGUGGUGGGAGCGGGGGCGGCGGGAUGGCGUAUAUGUAUGGCGGGAGCAAUGUCGGGGUUGGAGCGGGGGAGGUGCCUGGCAGGGUUGAGGCGGAGGGGGAUGGGCCGGUGGUGGUGGUGCCGCGGCCGCCGCCGCCGACGCAUGUUGUGGUUAGGAAGGAUGUGGGGAGUCAGAGGGGAGAGAGGCCGCCCGUGUACGAGUUGGAUGGGUCGAGUCCGCUUGCUAGGACUGCUGCGAGACGUUUGACGGAUUGA